CCCGGCGGGGCAGCGUAUAAAGCCGCCACCUCCUCCCAGAGCCUCCCGUCCUCUGGCCCGGCCUGGGCACCCCAGACCUCGGCCGGAGGGGCGGGGGUCCGGCCAUGGCGGCCAGGCCCCGACCCGUGGUCCUGAGCGGCCCCUCGGGCGCGGGGAAGAGCACGCUGCUCCGCAAGCUCUUCCAAGAAUACGGCAACGUCUUCGGCUUCAGCGUCUCCCACACCACAAGGAGCCCCAGGCCCGGAGAGGAGAACGGCAAAGAUUACCACUUCGUGAGCCGCGAAGCCAUGCUGCGAGACAUUGAGGCCAACGAGUUCAUCGAGCACGCGGAGUUCUCCGGGAACAUGUACGGCACGAGCAAAGCGGCGGUGCAGGCGGUGCAGGCCGCGAAUCGCAUCUGCGUCCUGGAUGUCGACCUGCAGGGCGUGCGCAGCAUCAAGAAGACCGACCUGCGGCCCAUCUACAUCUCCAUCCAGGCCCCCUCCCUGGACGUCCUGGAAAAGCGGCUGAGGGACAGGAAGACGGAAACGGAGGAGAGCUUACAGAAGAGGCUGGCCGCCGCUCGGGCCGACAUGGAGAGCAGCAAGGAGCCCAAUCUCUUCGAUCUGAUAAUCAUCAACGACGACGUGGAGGAAGCUUACUGUUCCCUCAGAGGGGUCCUGGCUGAGGAGAUCCAGAAGGCCCAGCGCGCCGCCUCCUGAGCGGGGACCCCCGCGUCCCGGCUUCCCAGCCCCUCAUUCCAAGAGUCACGUUCCCCCGAACGCUGCCCACUCCCUCCUUGGCGUAGCCCAGGGCCCCCCGGGGGCUCGGCGGACCGCGGCUUCGGGCCCCCGGCCGCCCGCGCCCACGGACCUGACCGCUCCUGGCCUGGGGUGGGGUCCGGACGGACGGGGGGGGCCGGGGGGGACUAGCUUGGCCCGAGGCCCCGGGGUGGCCGCCCGGGCCGGGGCACGGACAGGUUAGAACCAGGUAACGGCAGGGAGAGCCCCGGACCGUCCGCGCCGGCCCCGGAGUCCACGGUCCUCGCCCCCGGGACCCCCCGGCCCGGUCCCUCUCAGCCCCCCGGGGGUCGGGGAGGGGCCGGGCUGUGCCCGUUGGCCACCGGGGUGGGCCCGGAGGGGCAGUGGCGGUGUCGGGAAUAGAGCCGGCACCGGAGCCCGGGCCCGGCGGGUCACGGUAAUAAAGAACCCAUUGGUUGCAGCAGAA